AUGGCGCCCGUCCGGCAGACAGUGCCACUCUUCGCCUUUCUUUUCGCCGCGCUUUUGCUAGUCACUGCCGCCCCUGUUUCAGGGGGGAGACUUCUUCUCCAAGGCCCCUCAUCGACGGGCCCCCUGCCCGUCAGCAGGAUUGCGCUGUCGUUUGCAGACACCCUUGCGCAACUCGACGCAAAGCUGGCUUUCGUCCAGAGCCUCCGAGUCGCUGGAGGGGGAGUUUCGGAUCCUAAUGUCCGUUCCUUUGCUGCUGCAAGGGUCCCGAUUGUGGGCCCAAGCGCGCCAGUGGGUGGCUUUACGGUGGAGGUUAAGGUCGGCACCCCCCCGGUAAGCAUUCCCGUGAUUGCCGACAUAUUCGCCACCUUCUCCUGGGUUCAGGGCCCAGACUGCUCCCCAUGUCCGGGGAGUACUGUCUGCGGAACUCUGGGGGCACAAAACGCUGUUUUCGCAAACGGAGGCCAUACUUCCUGUCCUUUCACUGGCGCCCUGUACUACCCGAGUCUGUCCCUGACCUCGGUGACUGCCCCCGACUGCCAGUCCGUAUGCCCAACCCUCGUCGCCGGGACGUUCAACCUUGGCUGCUCCGACGAUCUGAACCUACCCCCCACUCAGUGCCAAUACGGGGCGUCCUUCGGGACGCUCGCUUUAGCGGCCGGUCCCGCCGUUCUCGACACUUUCUCCAUCGGUUCGGUGUCCACCCUCGGGCAGAAAAUCCUGCUCGGGACGAGCAUUCUGCAGCCCGGGAGCAAGAUGAGCGGCGCGGAGGGGGUCGCGGGCUUUAGCCCCAACGCCCGGUCUCUUCCCAACCAGCUCAAGCAAGUUGGAGCAGUGCCCACUGCCACUUUCGCGAUCUGCCUCGCUUCGGGGGGGUCCAACGGCGGGAGCCUCUUCCUGGGGGGGGUCCCAACCAAGCCCGGGGGCAACACCCCGUACGACUUCUCGUUUACCGAUCAACCGAUCACUCCUGUGGAGUUCGUCGAUGAUGUGUGGCUCGCCCCCCCCCCGGCGGAUUUUUUGGUCAACGGCGUGCCUGCGCCCGGGGCGUCUGCUGCGCUUGCUGCGGACAAGGCGACCGCCCCGGACGAUAUUUUCUGGAUCCUCGAUGCGGGACUUGACGCGAGCCUUCUGCCAUUGGCGGCUUACACCACGCUCCUCAACCAAAUUCGGACGUUCUCCGGCUGUCCGAACGUUUUCACGGACGCUCUUCCUACGAAUGGCGAAGUCAGAAACACUAACUUUAUAGACCUCACGACCUGUUCCCCAC